CAGUCACCAUAUACUGAUGAUUGGGUUUGCAAGUUUGUAGAUGUAGAUUAUAAAUGCUCAUCCCCUCGACUCGUUGAAGGACGUUUAGCUUGAAGCAAACCCUGUAAAGCCAAAAACAAAAACAGUAAAACAAAAAACCAGGGAGACAAAGGGAAACCGGGCUCUGCAAAACCGCUAUAUUAAUGGCGUUUUGGACAUAGCAAUCGUUAUAUCGUACAAAAUCCUGUGAGAAAGCGAAACUGAGGGAAAAAGAGUCAAGUGAUAUAGCUUUAACGUACACUUUGCAGCAGGACUUAAAAACCCCAACAGGGUUAGGCUCUGCAACUGCGAGCAACAAGGGAAAAAACUGAAGAGGACCCCCCUUUCUCCUGAAACCAAGCUAGAGUUAACCGUACUAAGCUGAGAGAUACUCGUAGUGUGAUUUGAUUCCAUGAUUUUCGUUUUUUUUCUGUAAAUUGAGUGAGAGGAGGUACAUCAAAAGUUUACCUUUUUUCCUCAAACAAUCCUUUUUCCAGUACUAGAAAAAAAACCAAAAACAAGAAAAGCAAAGCAGAUUUCACCUUCACCACUGAGUUACUUCAAGUUUCACGUAGCUGCAAUCAAGGUAUUUUUACAGUUUGAAGUUGGGAUUUUGAAAUUUUUUUUUUUUUUGUUUCUUUGGGAGGGUUUUAGAAUGAGAUUUUGUUGAAGAAAAGAAGGGUUGUUUUGGAUCAGUCUUUGAGGUUAAAGGUUAGGGUUGCAAAAACAGGAGGAACCCAUAUCUUAAAUGUCUGAUUCAUGCAAUCUAGUGGAACAGAUAAGGUAUUGGAUUGUAUCAAGUAGAUUUGGUGGAUAGAGAUCUCUCUCUUUAUCUACUACAGCAAACAAACAAAGAAAAAACAAGUUUUUCAUUUCUUUAACGGUAACAAAGAAGAUCUUCCCAUUCAUUUUGGUUUUCUUUUCUUAAUUUCCAUCUUGAUUUAUUGCUUUGAUUCCCCCUAAAAAGGUCUGUUUCUUGCUUUUGAACUAUGGCUAAUCGUUGGUGGGCUGGAAAUGUGGCAAUGAGAGGUGUUGAUUCAAUAACUUCAACUCCAUCUCUUCACCUUAGAAACCCAUCUGAAGAAGAUCAUCAAAUAGCUUUGAACCGCCUUGGACCCAGACGAGAAAACCAAGAUUUUAGAGAUAACAUUAGCCCCUCCAAUGCCAGCACUAGCAGCCCUAACCAAAACCAAGAAGACAAUGAAGAUAGCCGAGACAAUGUUGAACCUGAAGACCGAAGUCUUGCUCUUGAAACCAUUGAACCUGGUUCAAGUUCAGCUUCUCGCCGUCCUAGAGGUAGACCACCUGGUUCAAAGAACAAACCAAGGCCCCCCGUUAUUAUAACCAAAGAAAGCCCUAAUUCUCUCCGUAGCCAUGUGCUUGAAAUCACUAGUGGCAGUGACAUUGCUGAGUGUAUAGCUAAUUUCGCUCAGCGUCGCCACCGUGGCGUGUCGGUUUUGAGUGGCAGUGGUAUUGUUGCCAAUGUUACCCUUCGCCAACCAGCUGCCCCUGGUGGAGUGGUCACUUUACAUGGAAGAUUCGAGAUUCUAUCACUAUCCGGUGCAUUUUUUCCUGCCCCAUCUCCUUCCGGAGCUACGGGACUGACGGUGUAUUUAGCUGGCGGGCAAGGGCAGGUGGUGGGAGGGAGUGUGGUUGGGGCCCUGGUAGCGUCAGGGCCAGUGAUGGUUGUCGCGGCGACGUUUACAAAUGCGGUUUAUGAGAGGUUACCAAUAGAGGAUGAUGAUAAUAGUGGUGGGGGAGGCGAUGGCGCCAGCGACGGGAUUGGGGUGCAGCAGCAAGGUAGUAACAACAAAAAUAGUAGUAGUGGUGGUGGUGGUGCUAAUUCAGGGUCUCAGUCUCAAGGUUUGGGUCAUGAUAAUCAGCAAGGUGGUUCAAUGCCUUUGUAUAAUCUGCCUACUAAUUUACUGCCUAAUGGACAAAUGCCUCAUGAUGUGUUUUGGGGUCCUCCACCACCGCGUCCACCGCCAUCUUAUUAACACGAAAGGGGAAUGGAUUUGGAGAUAGAGGUGAAGGUGGAGAGACUGUAGAAGGUGCUUUGAUUAGCUGACUGGUUUUGUAUAAAAAAUGUAAUGACAAUUUCCAUGUAAGUGUAGGGAGAAAGGACUUUUUGGAUUAGUUUCUGAUCUUUUGUGAAUUUAAUCAAGUUCAUGGUGAGGUUUAAUUAUGUUUUAGAGGUGCUUUUGUAGAACUUUGUAGAAGUGUUUCUUGUUUUUAUUCCCUAAUCAGCUUUUUUUUUUUGGUGUAGCAAUGCAUCUUUGAUGAUGUAGGUAAAUAAAUGGAAUA